UAAAAAAAAAAAAAAAAAAAAAGUUGAGGCCAUAUUACCUUUGGUAAAGCCUUCAGAAGCUCCCAUUUUUUUCCCUCUAUCUUCUCAUAAAACUUUAAUAAACCUUUAUUUUGGCCUAAGAGGGAGGAUACUAGCUGUUAGAGUAAAAAGGUCUAUCUAAAUUGUAGGCAGCAGUGGAGACUGUUAGAGAAGAUACUUUUCUCAAUGACCUUUUCCACUCAAGCAAAGUAUGUGGCCAUUCCAAGGAUCUUUGCAGUUGUUACUUGUGGAAUUUGCUUGUCAGGAACUCUAAAAAUGACUAAACCUUCCUUUAAUAUCCAUCUCUUGGAGGAUCUCAGAAAGUUUUAGGAAAGAUUGGGAAGGUUUUUAUACCAUAGACUAGAAUCCUAUGAUAAACAAAGUACGGUUAAUUUUAUUGGUGUUGCCAAAUCAGGAGUGAAAGUUACUGUGGAAAUGUUUAAAAAAUGCCAGACAUACUCAAACCAAAUGAGUAUUCUUCCAGAGUUUAUUUUAAAGCAUAUUUCUUUUUGGAGAUAUGAUUUGGUGUCUAAUAAGGAUAAGUAAUCAUUGUAUUCAGAAAAAAAGGCUAAUAUCAUAGACAGAUUUUAGUAUCAUCAGUCUUGAUAGAAACUGCUUCAAUGGCUUCAGAUAAGUGGAAGUAGAUUUUCAUGAAAGAACGUUAGAAUUUGUGGAAUGGUAGUUUUUCUCCUUUAACAGCUAACUUGUCGCUACUCAUUUCUGCCUAAUAUAGAAACUUUGAGAAUCUGGGAGAAAAAAAAAGAGUGAAUUUACUUUAAAACUACCAUUUUAAGUUUUGUAGAUUACUUAUUUGGAGAGCUAAAUUGGAUUUUGACAUUAUAUUGGGAUUGUGUUCAAGAUGGACUCAGGAAAAAAAAUUAGAUGCCAUCUGUUUCAGAUUCCUUAUUCCCUCACCCCUUCAUGUUUUGUGGCUUUGAAUUCAUCAGAUUACUUUUCAAAAAUAAAAAUCCUCAGUAGAUUUAGGUUAUAUAAUUUCAGCUAUAUCAGUGAACACAUAACUAAGAGAACUUGCAGUUUUAUAUUGAGUUACACAGGAAGAUCACAGGCAUUGGUUAAAAGUAAUUGUUAUUUCAAACUAUCUGAACAUUAGGUAGCUUCAUGCAUCUUUGUCAUCAUUUACUUAUUAAACCAUUCUUGUCAGUAGUGCUUACCAUAGUCUAUUUGUUGGUGGAAGUUGCUAAAAAAAUGGGUUAUGAAGAUACAAGGUAAAUCUUUUUUUCCUUUGAUGUCACAAUCAGAAGAGAAGCUUUUGCUGAGGAUUUUUAAUUUAGUGGUAAGUCCACUUAAACUUACUCUUUCAGUAGUGAGUUUUGCCUCUCCUUAUGCCAGUUGCUAUAGUUUUCAUCUGAAUGGUACUACACAGUUCAUAGGGCACAUAAUUGUCACUUUUCAUUUUGGAUCUUAAUAAAUCCUGAGGACAGGCUUUUGGGUUUACUGAGCUGGAAAAGACCAGAACUUGUUCAGGUUACAGUAGUUGGCACCUGCUAUGGAUCAGGAAGACCCAAGCAUUUUUGAGAAACUAUAAAGUAGAACUAGUGUGGUAACCCAGGAAUGGCCUGAAGAGAGAGCCAUCUGGAUAGAAGAGAGCCAUGCUUUGUCGCAGCAGGAAUGUUCUGGUGAUGUAUAAAGACAGAUGGAGUACCUCUAUACUGCUGUAGUCUCUUCCUUACCCAGAAGCUCCAAGUGGGCAGUGUAGCUAUGGCAGGGGCUGGGAUGUCAUGGAUGGGAAUUGUUCUUCAAUAAUCACUCACCCAUCACAAUGGAGGCAUAGACAUACUGAGGAAAGGGAUAGUUUCUUGGAUUCUGCCUGGGCCAGAGAAGCUGAGUGAACAGGUAGCCAUUGCCCUUGCCAUCAAAGAGGACUUGGUACAACACCUCUGGAUGCUGGGAGGAAGUUGUGAGGCCAGUGCACUUUUGACUCAAUGGGGUUGAAUGGGAGAUUACUCCAUCAAGAUUGGGAGAUGUCGCUGUUUUGUCUAAUGCAUAGAAACCAUCACAGAGAGUCAAGGAAACUGAAGAAACAAGAAUAUUUUUCAAACAAAAGAACAAGAUAAGACUCCAGAAACAGACCUUAAUGAAAUAGAGAUAAGUGGUUUACCUGAUAAAGAAUUCAAAAUAAUGGUCCUGAAGAUGUUCACUGAGGUCAGGAGUCCUUUAGAAUUGAAGGAAAGAGAAACAGUUUUCCAUACAAGCAAAAACUGAAGGAGUUCUUCACCACUAGACCAGCCUUACAAGUAUUAAAGGGUCUCUUCAAGCUGAAACUAAAGGAUGCUAAUUAGUAGUAGGAAAAUAUAUGAAAGUAUGAAUCUCACUGGUAAUGGUUACAAAAUAUCCUCCUAUGCUUGAGACCUACAGACUACAUGUCCUACAAGAACUAAUCAAUGGUUUUUCAUCUUCUGGAGAUACAUUAGAAACAUAAAUAUGGUGCCAAACGAACUCCUUACCCUUCUCUGACUACGGUUUAUUUGAACAUACUUUUGUAUUGAAGAGAGGUAUACAGACUGAGGCUACUCGUGCAGAGACUGUCGUGUAGGAUCAUGGACCAUCCUAAUAGGGAGAAGGAUGAAAGACAACGAACAACUAAACCCAUGGCACAAAGGAGUGCACAUUGUUCCCGACCAUCUGGCUCCUCAACAGCCUCUGGGGUUCUUAUGGUGGGACCCAACUUCAGGGUUGGCAAGAAGAUAGGGUGUGGGAACUUCGGAGAGCUCAGAUUAGGUAAAAAUCUCUACACCAAUGAAUAUGUAGCUAUCAAACUGGAACCAAUAAAAUCACGUGCUCCACAGCUUCAUUUAGAGUACCGGUUUUAUAAACAGCUUGGCAGUACAGGUGAAGGUCUCCCGCAGGUGUAUUACUUUGGACCAUGUGGGAAAUACAAUGCCAUGGUGCUGGAGCUCCUCGGCCCUAGCUUGGAGGACUUGUUUGACCUCUGUGACCGAACUUUUACUUUGAAGACUGUGUUAAUGAUAGCCAUCCAGUUGCUUUCUCGAAUGGAAUAUGUGCACUCAAAGAAUCUCAUUUACCGAGAUGUCAAGCCAGAGAACUUCCUGAUUGGCCGACAAGGCAAUAAGAAAGAACAUGUUAUACACAUUAUAGACUUUGGACUGGCCAAGGAAUACAUUGACCCUGAAACCAAAAAACAUAUACCUUAUAGGGAGCAUAAAAGUUUAACUGGAACUGCAAGAUAUAUGUCUAUCAACACGCAUCUUGGCAAAGAGCAAAGCCGACGGGAUGAUUUGGAAGCCCUAGGCCAUAUGUUCAUGUAUUUCCUUCGAGGCAGCCUACCCUGGCAAGGACUCAAGGCUGAUACAUUAAAAGAGAGAUAUCAAAAAAUUGGUGACACCAAAAGGAAUACUCCUGUUGAAGCUCUCUGUGAAAACUUUCCAGAGGAGAUGGCAACCUACCUGCGUUAUGUCAGGCGAUUAGACUUCUUUGAAAAACCUGACUAUGAGUAUUUACGGACCCUCUUCACAGACCUCUUUGAAAGGAAAGGCUACACCUUUGACUAUGCCUAUGAUUGGGUUGGGAGGCCUAUUCCUACUCCAGUAGGGUCAGUUCAUGUAGAUUCUGGUGCAUCUGCAGUAACUCGAGAAAGCCACACACACAGGGAUCGGCCAUCACAGCAACAGCCUCUACGAAACCAGACUGCAUCGUCAGAGCGCCGAGGAGAAUGGGAAAUCCAGCCCAGCCGGCAGACCAAUACCUCGUACCUGACGUCUCACUUGGCUGCAGACCGCCAUGGGGGAUCAGUGCAGGUGGUUAGCUCAACCAAUGGAGAGCUGAAUGUCGAUGACCCCACAGGAGCGCACUCCAAUGCACCAAUCACAGCUCAUGCCGAGGUGGAGGUAGUGGAGGAAGCUAACUGCCUGAAAAUGCUCAACCUGUGGUGCUGCUGUUUCUUUAAGAGAAAAAGGAAGAAGACUGCUCAGCGCCACAAGUGACCAGUGCCUCCCAGCAGUCCUCAUGCCCUGGGGACUCUGACUUGAUUGCACCUGCAGCUCCUGCCAUUUCUCGCUGGAAGGGACUCCUCUGUGGGGGAGGGUGGAGAUCCAAACCAAAAAGAAAACAGAUGCCCCCAGAAGGAGCCAGUGCGGGGUAGCCAAGGCCCAGUGGGUCAGUGGCUGUCCCCACCUGCCUAAGGCUCUGAGCAGGUCCCAGAGCUGCUGCUCCCGCACUGCUUGCCCUCGGGGCUGCCUGGUUGACUCUCCUUCCUAUUGUUUACAGUGAAGGUGUCAUUCACAAAAACUCAAGGACUCCUAUUCUCUUCCCUCCCCUUAGUUUACUCCUGCUUCUUGCCCUGCCCUCAACCCCUUCCAGCAUAAAAGCUAGUGAGUUGAAGGCUUUGUCUGCUGAAGGAGCUCAAGAGGCUGGGGGUGGGUCAAGAAGGUAGGAGGAAGAUGGUGGACCUGGACUGGAGAAGAACCUUCUCCACCUGCCGGGUGUGUGCAGUGUGCUUCCUUCGUCCUCUGUGCCUGUGCAGCCUCCAUCCCCCACUGGCCACGGGGUGCAGGUUCUCCCUCCCUCCCUCCCUCCCUCCCGUGAAGUUACACUGUAGGACACAAGCUGUGAGAAAUCUGCAGUCUACUGUCCCCAUGUGUUGGCAUUCUUAGCUUUCUUGACAAGCGAACUCUGUUCUCCAGAUGGUAGUAGGACAAUGUAAAUUGUUCUGAGCAAAGGAAAAAAAACUGACUUUAUUGCACUUUUAGUUUUUUUUUUUUUUUAAACAAAAAACAUGGCAGAUGCAUAUUGUGUCUGGUUAUAUUGGGAGUUUUCCCUUUUUUCUGUUUCGAGGGAGAUGGGGCCAGCCAAGCCAUUCAGUGAGAAUAUGGGUCCAGAGGACAUUCUCAGUUGGAAAGAAUUGGGUCUGCAGCACCCAGAAGAGAAGAAGCCAAACUCUGUGUCAUUCUGAGUGAACACUCAGGUUGGCAAGGAAACAUACUUGAAUUUUCAUUCAUCUUCUCAGCUGCUGAAGAAUGUCCCUACCAGAGCCUCUUGACCUCAUCAGCUUGCAGUUUGGACAACCUAGCUCUCCAGCACAUGGGAUGAGCCAGCCAAGCCAGACUGUGAACAGGAGAGAGUUCAUCCAGAGAAGGAGAUACUUAAAAAGAAAAAUCUGAAAUCCUUGUUUCCUCCACUGCCAGGGACUUCCAAAUAGGUAGUCAUGUGACUUCCUUAGUGACUUGGGGACAAAAUUAGUGAUGAAAUAGCCACCACCAUAUUGCCACUAGUGGACAAAAAGAGGAGGAAAGUGAACCUGCCUUCCAACUGCCAGAGGAACCUCAGGAUUUGGCAUUACAGGGCCAGGAAAUGUGGUGUACCGUCUGCCCCAGUUGCUGAGUUAAAGCAUUUGGGCUGGCCUGCCUUAUCAGAAACCAAGCACCUGCAGAUCUUCUCCCAGCAGGUCCAUAGCAGCAGACUUGGGAGUCUCAGUACAUGGGGCUGUAGUGACUCAGGAGGGUAAGAUUGGUUGGUGCUGGAAAAUUCCAGGAGAAAGGAGACUGAAAUGAAAGUCUAAAAUUAUGUUCUCAAUUGGAUAUUGACUUCUUCCAGACUCGAUGGCCAUGUAUCUAGAGCAUGUUCUUCCCAGUACACUCUCCGCCUCCCCCCAUGGUGUAGUCACAUGACAUACUACUGUGAAGGGUCUUGGUUCCUCAUUCACGCUUGAAAAGUCAUCAGUGUAUGGAGUUAAUCUUCUCAUGUUCAAUAUUCAUGUGAGUUCAGCGGCUUAUCCAGUCACCUCUCAUUCCAGAUAUGAUAGAGGAGAAAGGUCUUGUAUCUGGGAGUAGAGAGAGCUAACUAUGGAGGUCAAUGGCUGGUGGCUUAGUCUGGUGGGUUUUGGAACACAAAAAUCAUUUCCUCUUGCUUGAGAUGUAGGGCUGUCUUUUGGACUGGAGGAUGCGGGGAUACUUUCUGGUCGUUGGCAUUUCCUAAUAAGUCCCUUCAUGUAUCUUACAUGGAGCAGAAAUAACAUCAGUAGCAUGGAUCAGA